AUGUGGGACCAAAUGCUUGUAGAGGCAACUAGAUUUGAUGGAGAUCAGAGAAAUCCAGAGUGGGUGAAAUAUAAGGAUAAAGGACUUAAACAUUGUUUUGACUUGGAUGAAUUGCAUAUGGACAUAGUAGCCAUUGGGAGGCGAGCUUGGGCUUCAAAAUCUGGAGUUCCAUUUGAGAUAUUAGAAAAUGCUAUAAGUGAAGAGGUUGGAAAUAAUGAUAGGCAUGAGGAUACACCGGAAUUAGAGAAUAUGACUUCUAACUUGGAUCAGAGGGGUACUUUACCAAUGAUCUCAACUCGUAAGAGAGCAAGAGCGACAAGAGGAUUAGCUCUGAAGGAUGGCAAAAGGUUAUCUGCAGCCUCCGCUUUGAAUAAGAUAAUUAAUCGAUUGAUUAAUGUUGUAGAGAGUCAUAGCAUGACCACCUCAUUUAGACAUGAUCCUUCUGGUUGUAGCAUUCUGGAGGUGGCAAACUUGCUUAGUACACUCUCGAGAGUUGAGCACGGGAGUGAUCUCUUUUUGCUAGGAACUCAAUUAUUCUUGCAUCAUGAAUGUUGA